GUUUGAUUGUAUGCGCACACGACGAAACUAUAUAUGGCAAAAAACUUGUCGUACUCGUACCUCUAUCCCGUACGUCCGCUUCGUAUCGAUCAUGGAGGACGGCGAUGGAUGCAUGAAAAGAGUGUCGUGUUUAGAGAGCUAAUAAGUCGUCCAUGUCGAGGUUGUGGUUCAAAAACUGUAUUCAUCUUCGAGCGACAUGUCUUCGCGUUCUGUCGGUCAUUCAAGCAUCUGUCGUAGUUGAUUCUGAAAAUCGCAAAAUUAUCGUUCGCUGUACAACAAGAACAGACACUUGAAGUGAUAUGGCCAUAAAACAAAAUCAUGAAAGUGCUGAAAAAAUGAAUCGCAAAGCUGAAUAAAAGAUUGGCGACUUUUCUCAAGUACAACCAUGAUUGAAUCUUGUCAUCUCAACAAACUAUAAUUGGAGGUGAAUCAAUGGUAGGCCACAGUCAGAGCUAGUAGCUCUACGAACUAUGCAUGUACUUGCAAUAAAGUGAAAGUCUAAUAUGACAGUAAAAUAAAGUAUGCAUCGCAAGAUGGAAAACAUGAAAUUGAGCAGCCAACUUCUUCCAUGCGAAGAACUCGCUAGUCCGAGCAGCUGCACCAGCAGUUCAACAUCAAGAACAAUGCACAUCUUCAACCUGCACUCCGCCAGCGAACGACCGCGCCAAGCUCGUUUGAGUGGCCUCUGGAAAAAAAAGAAGCACAGCAGCCGCUUGUUUUUCGCGGCCGCAUGUUGUCUGGGACGAGCAGCAGUAGAAGGCCGUCUAGACGCAAUAGACGUACCUUCCACAGGAGGCAGGGCCUUUGCUGGUCCCCGUCUUGAUGACCACGAUGAUGCGGUUUCAGGCGACUUCGAUGAAGUCGAACAAGUCCCUACUUCUAGUGUAUCCUCCUUACGUGAAGUACUAGACACAGUUGACUUAGAAGAACAGGCUAGUGAUUCUGUUGCUGGUUCGUUUAGGAGUGGGGUUAGCGGCGGCGGGUCGAAUGAUGAAAAUGAUAUCGAAAGAAGUAUGCUGGAGUUCAUUUCGAAGAAACCACCAGAUCCUAGUACUAGUAACAAAUACCUCCUUCGUCGGCAUAGUAUAGAACUUGAAGACGACGCAGGAGGUGCAUCAACAGAAACAUCGGCAUCAAAUGAAGCAGAAGCAGAUAGUAGCAGAACUUCAACUACUUUCAUAGAAGCAGGUCAUCAAGAUAUUAGUAGUAGCACUAAAAAAAGGUCUGUCGAAGAAGACAUUGAAGAACAACAAGUAGGUCAAAAGCAUCUUCAACAUCAAGAACAUCGAGAUGAAGAUGCACCUCCUCACAUUUCAGUACGUGAUCAUAAAGCGAAAUCGCCGCAUUCGCUCAUAGACCUCUCAUCCUUAGCCCCGAAUCCCUACGGAAGGGUGCAACUGAUGUACUGUCGAGAAAAUCGUUUCUGCGGGGAGCGGAGCCGGAAAGUCAAAGUCUGUCCGUCGGUUUCGAGAGGGGUAUAAUUGGCUACACUGUAACCUGUCUAUUCAUCAAGAAAUUUCUUGUAGUGGAUUUUUCGCAACAACAUCAAGCUCAAGAAGCAGAGUUCUUCAUGAUGUGAACGAAGUACUUUUCAUGUUCAUCUGCUCGUCCUUCUCGUCAGUGAUUAGUUUUUUGCGAGUUCUCGUUCUAUACUUUCAUCCACAACUGUAGUAGUACCUUCACUCCACCCACCACCACAGGCUGGCAACCGCGAGUACUACACUCUGAUCGCCAAUCCUUUGAACGGGAACCGUUGUCGGAACCCUGACUGGGAUGUCAUGGUGGAUUUCCAAGCUGGCACAGGUGGCAAAGGCAGCACACCAUCAGAUUUUCUCUACUCUACUUGUAGUCAGAUGCAAGUGCAGUAUUUUGAGGCAGCAGCCGUCGGUCUAGGAAAGCCGAGUAGUGAUGCACAGUUGAUCAACAUGUGUUUGUGGAACGCAUGGCAUGGAAAUAGCGCCAAGGACAUCUCUCUAUUAACGGGAAGAGACUGCAAGGACUACUACGCCCAGUUGGAUGCGUCCACAGUCAGUAGUGAUGGCACUAGGAACGACAACGUGUGCAGGGCGACGGUGACGCUGGUACUAGUUGCUGUUGAAUGAUGUUACUCACUACAGUGUUGAUUGAACAACAAGGCUACAACUCGUCGUUAUGUGAGGCAUGAUGAUGUUAAGCACCAGAUGGAAAUUGGAACUAUCCUUGUUUUGACGCUUUCACCACACUUUCUUAAUAGGCAAUUGCAAGACCUCCCUCCUAAUAAAUUCAAAUUCACUUUUUAUUUGCUCCUUAGCUUCUUACUCGUCUAGAACAAGUGGUACCUCAACAUAGAUCCAAAUCCACAUCAGGUAACCGCCAUGGUCCCUCAGAGUCGCGACACCGCUGAGUCAAAGCAUUGUCAAUGCGAGGUUGCUGCUGAGGUCGAAGCCUUUGUCGCGAAGCAAGAGUCCUACGUGGCCGCAUUGAAUAACACAGCAUCCACCUCCGGUCCCGCGGUCGUUUUGUCAACCUUGAGUGCAUUGGGCACAUUACCGCAGGUUGUCUGUAGGGCUUCGGAUGUGGCGGCACUGAGGAAUUCCCUAGGGUAUUUAGCGUGUCCAGGCAGGAUUCAGUCUUCGUCGAGUGCGGUGGAACAAUCCUCUUCUGUAACACGUACUGGAGGUAGUACAAACGCUGGAAGCACAAGUGGUGUUUCCUCCUUUGCAUCGAGGAGCAUGAAUAUGCUCGGUGGAGGUAUUAUUUUUGGUUUGCAAAUCCACGGAUCUAGUACUUGUACUUGUUAGACGAAUUAGAAGACUGGUUUUCUAUGAUGAUCUUGAUCUUCACGAGGAAUCCCGAUGACGAUGACGUUCACCUUCAAUCGUCCCUUCACCAGGUUCCUCCAACGAACAGCAAGCCAACCAGGGAGCAGGACACCAAAAUCAACAAGGAGCUAAGUCUUCCAUGGCUGCAUCUUCUGUGCCUCUCAUGUCCGCUCCCGGCGAGGCAAUUCGCUUGUCCCAACAGCCACCUGAGAUCGAGUUCCCUGGUUUCCAGAUGUACAACGUCCAAAUCGUCAGGAAUUGUGGCAUCAAAGUUGCUCUGUUCUCACAGUCUUUUCCAAUGCCCGCAGACCCAGAGGAGAACCAGAAUCAAGGUCCGACGCAACCCUCAGACCGCGAUAUGGCCGAUCUUGCAGCUGCUGCUACAAAGGGUGCUGGUGCGAAGAUGCAGAUGGAAGAGGUUUUUGCGGAUGGCGGGUUUAGUUAAGGUCUACAAGAAAUUCAUCUUCGUCUUCCCCAGCAUCAGUCUUGAAAGGGAUCCCCAGCAUCUCUCGUCUGGGUCCCGUCAGUCUUGAAAGGGACAAGGGCACCACCAGGGGACCUGCUACGAUGCUGCUGAAGUCCAGGACAUCAUCUCUUGGUUCUAAUUUAGCUUGUUAACAUCGGGAUCAUCGUCACGUACUACUGGAGCUUCAGGGAGCGGUCAGAUCCCUUCGCUGGUAGACGCAGGGUUGAUUCCGAGUCGAGACCCGAAAAUUGUGGCUGCGAAGAAACAACUUCUGCGAAAGUUGUUCCACCGAGUGAAUUCGUUGAAGUUAAGACAAGUGGAUCAAUAAGUAUGCUGUUUGUCUUUGUUCGUUGGCAAACGUAAACAAGUAGAUGUAGAAUACUUACUAGUAGAAGAUCGUGAUCAAUUUCUGCCUUUCCUAUCUGCUAUAUCAUCCUGAAACUCAUCUUCUUGUUCCCCACUCGAAGACAACCCGCCCUUCUAAUCCUUGGCAACGUGGUGAUGAACAGCGAAAACUACGACAUCGGCGAUGCGCGUGGGGUAAGCACCAAAGUGUUUCCGACUGAAGAAGACGAGAGCUUUUACUUCGUUCUAGAACCUCAGCUACCAGAUCACAAGUACACGUUUAGAAUACGCUACGAAUGCAGUGACACCAAGAGGAAUGCGCUGUCGGUAAUAACUUUUUUGCUAGAUCAUGAUCAUCACUUCUAUUUUCUUGGGCUGGAACAAGUGGUUGAUAUACUUAUGUUUUUUCUUUUGAAAAAUCAAGAACGGGCUCACUAGUACUUGUUGAUUGCUUUGUUCUACUCUACCACCACCACGACCACCUCCACUUCAGGACAUGUACGAACUGCAUUCGUCCAAGCCUUGGGCCUUUUCGGUGCAAGAGCGCGAAUAUGUGGUUAAAAUGGUUGGGCUAUGCGAGAACAACUAUUAUUGGUGCGUCAAGGAGGACCAGGCGACGGGCAUUAGCAAAUUCUACCUCUGCAACAAUGGUGGCUUGACAGCGACCUUUUCCCUGGAUUUCGCCUACACACGACUGCAGCAUUUGUAUUUAAGGCCGCUUGUUCUUAAAUCAACAUGUUGAGUACUCAACUAAUACUAAGCUAGAAUAUGAUCUAAGCUAGAAUCUGGAUACUAAGCUAGCAUGUUAGUUAUAUUUGUAUAAUGUUGAGUACUCAACUAAUACUAUUAACAUUAUUUAAGCUAGAACUGGAAGUUGUUAGUACUUCAUCGUCUACAAAGAUGAUCCACCACUCGUCCUCGCAUGAAGAUGUCCACCAUGAUUGUCAUGUCCUCUAUUGAAGACUCCACUUCCAUGUGCAAUCCUUCUCCUCUAAGAAUCGCCGCCAAAGAGAGAGAAACCGAGCAAACACCAAGCGGAAUGUGCACUUCUCUCUACAACUCUGGCUACGUUGAAGUGGAUCAGGCCAGCGCUAACCAGGAGAUUCAAGUUGGCUACCUGCAACAAUUUAAGGCUUUUUCUUCAAUCGUGGUCUAUCAUUCUCCUGUAAGUACGUAGAUGAAACAAGGUGACUUCUGCUGCAAGCUUUGCCGUACUAAGACGCGUGACGAGAUGAAAGUAGCUCCUUCAUCAACAUGUUGCAUCUUCAGUCGGAUUAUAUACUCCAGCUUUAUUUGUAAGUAACAUUAACAACAAUACAAGCUCAGUCUAACCAGACCUACUUCGAGCGGUAUCUUGGUUUCUACGUUUCGGAUGUAGCUCUGGUCGGAAUGGGCUUCCUGGGUUUGAUUCUAGGGAUGACAGCGUACUUCCGCAGGGCUCAGCCAGUGGACGUAGCGAUGCUCGAGGAAAGAAAAAGGUUCCUUGUCCAUAGCGGAGCACAAGGAAAUGUUGUUUAUGGCUUAUCGUGGUAGGAUCUACUUCUAGUAGUAAAAACCCUGUUGUAGUCUUAGCCCCCUCAGUCUCAGAUGAUACAACUGAUAGAAAAAUAUUUGAGCAAGACCUUCUUCACACUUUCACUUUAUCACAAAGGAGGUUAGUCUUAUUAGGAUUAGAACGGCAACGAAUUAGUCUUUGGUGACGUUGUCGACCUUUUGCAAUAAAUCCUCACGCUCACUUUCAUAUCUACCAGCAACACGGCAUUUACACUGCACAAGUGGGUGGCCAUAGCAUCCAUCUGGAUCACGGGCAUGGUAGCCAGAUAUCACGUAGCGGUCCUAGUGGGGGAACCGACCAAAAUAGUUAUGGUGGCCUACUAUACGAAAAACUGAAAUAUUAACCGAGUUGCUGACUGAAAUAUACGAGGCACUACGUUGCUCUUCUUUCAGUGUCUCACUUAUUUCAAGUAGUUACUCGCUUAUUUGAGUUAUUUACCGAAUACAUGAAGUUGCUAUAAUACGUUGGUUUCGGACUAGAUCAAGAAGAUCUUCAACUUCAGCUCGUUGUAGCGCUCGUUGUAGUAGGUGAUCGGCCUGAGCAAGGUCUUUAUCAGCGCUUCUUAAUAUCUGAUUUAUUUUCUGUUUGGGAAACAGAAUUGAUCUCUCUUAGAAAUAAUAUUUCUUCAAUCUUCUAAUUCCCAGACACCGGUAGUGGCACUGAUGUUAUCGAAAGUGCAGCGGACAUGGACGGUGAUGAAGAGCACCACUUGCUGAAGCGCCAAGACCAGAGGAUAGACUCCAAGACUGGUUUUUCUAAGAGGAACUUCCGCCAACUCGCAGAAUUCUUUGAUGAAGAACAACGCAAGUAACAACUAAGGGGUGAACAACGUAAGUUAGUAACUACAACUUCUACGAUGGGUUGGGCGUGUUGCGUGGAGCGUGGUGAUGUCGGUAAAGAAAAGCGUCAGAUUUAGGGGUUGUUGAAGUUGAACUUGAGGACUCAAUAGAAUACAUUGUCAUGAAAUGAGCCUAGAAAAAUUGUCAUUUUUGUCUAUCCUAGUAAAUUUUUCCCAUUCCAAAAGCUGGAUAAAAAAUGAAGUUGCUUGUCAUUUUUGUCUGUCCUGCAUUCCCAUUCCAAGAACGUGAAGAUAGAAGUUUGUUAGAAAUUGUCAUUUUUGUCGAUCCUGCUCCUGCAUUCUACUUUCCGGAAAAGUUGUUCCCUUAAAAAUAUUGAGAAGAUUAUUGAAGAUGUCAAAGCAAAGUCUACGAACAAGACGAAAACGACGGUCCCCCAUGAAUCAUGAAAUUGAAAAUGUUAGGUAGGAACUACUAGGACUAAGAUACUCUUCGCUGAUGUAUCUUCAGGAGCAAUGGAAUCCUUUGCCAGAACGCUUCCGCCACGUGUGGUGCAAACCUGUUUCUGGUUUUCCACAUGAUCCGCCAU